AUGAUCACGCUCCCCUUGUACGCGUGGGUCGCCGUGUGGAACAACAACAAGAUGCUGACUGUUUUGGCCCUACUAGACUCUGGGUGCACGACGACCUUAAUCACGCAAGAAGUGGCUGAAUCUUUAGGACUGAACUGCAAGAUGGUACAAUGCCGUCUAACCACCUUCCAUGGAAAUGACCCGAAAAUACCAGUGAGUUCCUCUAGGUGCCGCGUUACACCGUGUGGAAAAGAGACACCAUCGUUCAAUAUCUCGCGCGUUUUGGUGGUGCCAAAGUUGAAAGUAGCUGACGUUUACGUGGAUUGGCCGAGACUGAAGAGGAGAUGGCCUCAUCUUCGCAAAUUAGACAUCCCUGCGAUUGAUACAAAUCGAGUAGGCUGCUUCAUCGGAACCAACGUACCAAAGGCACUUCUGCAGCUGGAAAACCGAACGUUAAGCGAGGAGGAACCCAUCGGAAUAUUGACACAAUUCGGUUGGUCUGUGAUCGGCGAGAUACCAAUCACAUGUAUGGGCGAACGGCUAGAGAAUUGUCAGGCCUUAUCGCUUCGAGAGGACAAGGCCGACGAGGCUAUCCAAGAACUGUGGACGCCAGAAUUCUUCACGUCGAGAGCUGAGCGUCAAGCGUACUCAAACGAGCAAGAAAAACGCGCCUUGAAAAUACUGGAGACAACCGUUCGAUAUCUUGGUGAUCGAUACGAAAUUGGCCUACCAUGGAAGUCGGACGACGUCUACCUCCCAAAUAAUCGUGCCAGCGCCCUCAGGAGAUUGUAUGCAACAGAGAGCCGAUUUCAACUAGAUGCCGAGCACGGUCGUCGCUACACGAAAGCCAUCGAGGCCAAUAUGAAGAAUGGAUUUGCCAGACGUUUGACGAAAACUGAACUCGAAGGUCCCAUUGGUAGGACGUGGUACGUGCCGCAUUUCCUGGUAACCCCUCAAAACAAGCCAGACAAGCCACGACUAGUGUUUGAUGCAGCCAGCCGACACAACGGCGUAAGCCUUAACGACGCCUUGAUAAAUGGACCGUCGUUGUUAACCGACCUUCAUGACCUACUAGUGAUCUUCCGCGAACGACCCUGUGCUGUCUCAAUGGAUAUAGAAAAAAUGUUCCUUCAGGUGCGUGUUAAGGAGGAGGAUCAAUCCGCAUUCCGCUUUCUGUGGUGCAGCCCAGGUAGUGGCGGCCCGCCAAUGGAGUUCCAGAUGAUGGUUGAGAUAUUUGGUGCUUCCUCGUCCCCUACGUCGUGUGCGUUUGUUUUACGACAAACAGGAAAAGACAAUCCCGCUUACGGUGACGUUUCAGAAAAGAUCAUUACCAAUUUUUACGUCGACAAUUAUCUUGACUCGUUUGACAACGUCGCAACCGCAGAAAGAACUUGUCAUCGCUUGACGGAGCUGCUAAAAAAAGGAGGCUUCAGACUGACACAUGUCAUGACCUCAUCGAUGGAGCUUUGGUCAUCUUUUCCCCCCGAAGAGCGAGCUGGCCCAGAGUUGAAUGCCGACCUGGACGGACUACCGAUGGAGAGGACGCUAGGGCUUUUGUGGCGAGGCGAAUCUGACACCUUUUCGUUUACACUAAACGUCGGGCAGGAAGCAACCAGUAAACAACAAAUCGCCAGCGCCGUCGCGAGUAUCUUCGAUCCACUGGGGAUUUUGGCUUGUGUGACCAUCGUAUCAAAAAUAAUCUUGCAAGACGUUUGGCGGCUGGGGAAAGACGGGCGGCCUGGUAAAGAAGCGGAUUGGGACGAUGACCUACCGGAAUGCAUUAGAGAAAGAUGGCGCGCAUUUACGAGAACUUUAAAAAAUUUAGAAGAACUGCGGGUGGUGCGCUGUUUGCGACCAGCCGACUUCCGACCGGAAGAAACUAGAUUCGAGUUGCACGCCUUCACAGACGCGUCGGAGCGUGCAUACGCAGCGGUGGUUUAUCUCAGGUCAGUUUGUGGAAAGCGAAUUCACGUGAGCCACGUAACGGCGAGAUCAAAGGUUGCUCCACUAAAGCAGCAGUCAAUUCCUCGCCUCGAACUUCUCGGCGCCGUUCUUGGUUAUAGGCUGGCCCAACACGUCAAGAAGACUUUAAGGAUUGAAAUAGCGGCUACGACGUGGUGGACCGACUCCACCACAGUUCUUCACUGGCUAAGAAGCGAAGCCACUUUUUACCACGCCUUCGUAGCGAGCAGAAAAGAAGCUAUCUUAGACGACAAUGGCGCCAUGUACCCGGACGGAAAAAUCCAGCAGACGAUGGGACCAGGGGGGUCCAAGGCGACCGCCUAA